CCAGGCCCGUCCUCCUCUUCCCCCUUAUGUAUCCUCCGCCCCUUGCGCAGCGACCUGUGCCGAGCAUUCUGGCAGCAGUGCGCACUCAGUUCUUGCCACUUUCACUUCCUACAUUUGCCGUGAUGGCACGUGCGGCGCCGAUCAUCUUGCUGGGGCUGACCAGGCAGUGCCAGGCCAUCUCGCUGCGCGCCGAGCCAGCGGACGCCUGCCUGGACGCUGUGCCAGGGGACAGCUGCCACAAUUUCGUGGCGUGGGCCCUCGACAAGGGCGUCGAGCAGCACCCGGAGUGGUUCCCGUCGUUCAAGCGCUCGGACUCGGACGUUCGGAAUUUCAUGCAGGUCCAGGACAUCCUUCACAGUCGCAACAAGGCAGGAUGCGGCAAACCCUGUGACAUGGAGUAUUUGGACGUGAUCGGCAAGCUAGAGAAGGAGCUUAGCGCGAUGGACACCAACUCCCCGGCGUUCGAGACACGUCUCGCAGAGAAGCGCGAGAAGAUAAACAAAUUGAAGGCAGCUCUCGAGUUGAAGGCAAAGGGCAAGGCCCAGCAGCUCCAAGACCAGCAGAAACGUCAAAAGCUGGAGGCAGAGCUCAAGGCACUGGAGUCCAUGGAGGAUUCCCCCGCCUCGCAGACCCUGAUCGCAGAAAAGCGCGCACAGAUCCAGAACUUGCAGACAGCCGACAAGUCGGAGUCGGAGCUCAAGGCGCUGGAGAUCCAGCGCCUGCAAGACCCGGCGGCUGCCGCAAUGGACGCAAAGGAUGCAGCCGCGGGCCGCAAGUCGUGGUGGCAGCGGUGGCGCGAGGCAAAGGGGACCGCGCCGACGGCGGCCGCCCCAGAGGCGAAGCCCGCCCCAGCGGCAGCCGUGGAGGAGGCGAAGCCGGAGGCCGCGGCGCCUUCUCCGCCCGCGGCAGAGGAGGAGGCGAAGCCUGAGGCGGCGACGCCCUCGCCCGCGGCAGAGGAGGCGGAGCUAGAGGCGGAGCUGAUGGCGGCGGCUGCUGGGGAGGCGCAGCCCUCCCACAACGCGCCGCUGGCCGAAGCUCCGCCAGCCGCCGGCGCGCCGCCCGCCGCCGAGGAGGAGCCCGCAGAAGAGAUGCCGAGCGCGGACGCCGAGCCGCAGAAGGAGGCCCGGGCGGCCCGCGAACCGGAGUCCGCGGUCAUGGAGGUGCCGGCGCAGGCGCCGGCCACCGAGCCCGAGUGCAGGGACGCCGCCCCCGGUGACCGCUGCCACGAGGUCGUGGCGUGGUCCCUCUCGCAGGGCCUCGAGGCGCACCCGGACUACUUCCCGUCGUUCUACCGCUCGAUUUCCGAGGAGUACAAUUUCAAGCAGAUUCAGGAGAUCCUCCACAGCCGCGGCACGGGCGGGUGCAGCAAGCCCUGCAACAUGGACGUGGUCCCGCCGCCGGCCGCCGAGGUCCAGGCACCGACCGACGCUGCGGUCACGCAGGAUGCUGCCGUCGCCGAGGACCAGGCGCCGCCCGACGCAGGUGCCCAGGAGGUGGCCCUCGCCAAGGACCAGGAGCAGGAUGAAGAGGUCAACGGGACCGAGACGACGUUGGAGCCGAUGUCGUCGAAAUCUCUGAGCGAGAUGUCUCCGGAGGAGCUCCAGACUUACAUGAACAACCCGGACGAGCUGGACAAGUACGCGUAUUACGUCAAGCACACGAGCCGGAGGAAGAGGAGGGAGGACGCCCUGAAGCGCGAGCAGAAGCAGUGAGGUGAAGCCCCUGAGGCGGCAGCAGGUUUUGGCGAGGGCCGAUGCGAGGGUGGCCAGGAAUGUCAUCCCAUUGAUCGGCAGAGCGCGCAAGAGGGUUGUACGGCGGGGGGGGGCUCUCUAACAUUCGACACGGUCUCGACGCGAAUUCGACGUGUGCUGCGCCGCGAUGGGACAUGCGAGAAUGCCCCGAAUGCGCAUUACAUCACGAGGCUGCCCCGCGCCGGACCUUCGGAACCUCCGAGACCUCUGCUGCCGGCCAGGGCGCGGCGCCUCGCCGCGCGAGGCCUCGGGAGGUGCACGCUUGCGUGCCUUGCCAUUAUUAGGAUCACCGGGGCGACGCCCUGAUGCCUCGGGCUUCUUUUGAGCAGAGCUAGAAUGCUCCUCUUCCUCCUCCCAGUCCUCCUCUCCCUCCCUCCUCAUCCAACACUCAAUUUAUCUUUCGGUGUUUUUGUUCCCGUUCUUGGCUGACGCCUCGCCGUCCUUUGUCUAUAGACAGGGUCUGGGUGUCCUGGCCUG